AUGCCUCAUGCGAGGAAGAGGGAGUAUAAGAAAGCUCCGAAGGAUUAUGAGCUGCAGUAUGUUGAAGUGAUUCAAAGACAUCACAAGCGUACUCCUUACGCUGCAAACGCAUUUCCCGUGGAGCCAUACCAAUGGAACUGCGAUAACCAAGGCCUAUACUAUUUCGGCCGCCAAUUCACUGAAUCCCCCAAACCCAACGCCCAAGGCUAUUGGAAAGGCUUCACCUCCGAAAUCAACCCCUUCAUCCCUUCCGGAUGGAUCGGAUCCUGCCAAUUUCCUCAAAUCACAGCUGAAGGUCUCGAUGAUUCUUGGGUCCAUGGAAAGGAUCUCUAUGAAGUCUACCACGAUCUUUUGAAAUUCAUUCCAGGCCGCAAGGAAGAUUGGCGUAGUAAAGUCAUGUUCAGAGUUACCAACAACCAGAUUACGAGUCAGGUUGCUGGUAUGUUCAUCAACGGCAUGUAUCAGACCACCGAAUCCGUCCCGCUGCUUAUCCAACAAGCGGGCGUGGAUAGUCUUGAGCCGCAGUACAAGUGCAGCGUUGGAAGCCAGUUGACGAGCGCUAUCAAAUCUUCUUCUAACAAGAACUGGCAAGCGCAUCUUGAUAGGACAAAGGAUCUUUACAAAACGCUCGACGACAUCUCUGGUGUGCCAUCUAACGAUGUUGGUUUCCAUGAGAGCUUCGAUCACUACUACGAUAACCUUUCCGCUCGCCAAUGCCACAAGAAACCUUUCCCAUGCAAACUAGUCAACAGGAAGAACUCAACUACCUGCGUUGACCAAACACUCGCUGACAAGGUCUAUCGUCUCGGUCAAUGGGAAUAUUCCCAAAUGUAUCGCGACGCACCCGAGUCCCUUGCCGCAUCUGCUACUUCGUGGGGCGUCUGGAUCGCCGAGCUAGCGAGCCACUUCCGCGCCGUCAUAGCCGGCAAGCAAGAUCUCUUGUAUCUUCACAACUUUGCGCACGAUGGCUCUAUCAGUCGAUUGUUGAGUAUUCUUCAGAUCGAUGUGAUGGUUUGGCCGGGUAUGGGAAGUGAAGUUGUUUUUGAGCUGUACAAGAAGGAGGAGUACUUUGUGAGGGUUCUUUGGAGUGGCAAGACGUUGAAGUCUUCGCAUCCGGAUCUGGGCAAGAUGGAAAUGGUGCCAGUGAGGACUCUUCUGAAGUAUUUUGAUGGGCUGACAGGGAAGGAUGCUAGUCUUGUCAAGGGACGAUGCUCCGGGGAUGUUCCUCUGUGA